AUGCUAGAUGCUGCUGAAAAGUAUCAAGCAGCAUUUGAGAAAAUGGAAGGUGAAGAUUUUAGCUAUUUGGAAUUUUUUGGAUUAGUUGGCCCCCCUACUCUUAAUGAUUGGGAGAAUGUUAGGUGUCUAGUAAGUUUUUUCAAAAUUUUCUAUGAUGCUACUAUGGAAUUUUCUUCGUCAAAACAAGUAUCCCUUCAUAAGUCAUUCCACCAACUAGCUUCAAUAUAUUGUGAGCUUAAAAGACCAUCCAUGAACUUGAACACAAUUUUAGCCUCAAUGGGAUAUGAAAUGAAGAAGAAGUAUGACAAAUAUUGGGGGGAAAUUGAAAACAUCAACAAGUUUAUUUAUUUUGGCGUGAUUCUUGACCCUAGAUACAAGUUAGGAUAUGUAAAGUGGUGUUUUAAUGAUAUGUAUAAUGGUGAGUCGGUGCCUUUUACUAAUAUGAUUAAUGUGAUAAAAAAGGAGUUGUUUAAACUAUUCAAUUGGUACAAGGGUAUACAUGAAAAGCAACAUGGACCCUCUACUAGUCCUAAUGAGGGUGGUUCAUUUGGUGAUGGUGUUCCUAAUGUUGAAGUUCCAUCUCAUUUUGCAAGGGUUGAAGCUUUUAAAGAGCACCUUAAACAAAAAGAUUCAAUAGAUAAAAAAAAUGAUCUUGAGAGGUAUCUAGAUGAUAAUUGUGCCGAUGAUUUUAACUUUGACAUCCUUAUGUGGUGGAAACAAAACUCUUGUAGAUACCCUAUUUUAUCAAAAAUGGUGAAGGAUGUUUUAGCUAGUCCAGUAUCCACUGUCGCUUCUGAAAGCACGUUUAGUACCGGGGGCAGAAUUCUAGACACAUAUAGAAGUUCACUAACCCCUGAAAUGGCAGAGGCUUUGAUUUGUGCACAGGAUUGGUUGAAACCUACACUUAGUCAAUUCAAGGACUUGAAUAUAAAUGAAGAAUUUGAGUUGUCUGCCACUAUUGUUUCAGGUAUGUAA